GUUAGUUAGUUGAGCUGGCAAUUUCUGUUAUUAGUUGAGAGUGAAUAAAUAGCUGGUUUUGGAAGUUGAUAGCUAGGCUGUUAGACAGAUAUUUUGGGGCUAGGAGAAAUUGAGACAGUCUGUCUCAUUUCUUUGGGUCUCUGUACUUUCGUCCACCAUUAAUGUAAGCAUGAAGUGUUUCUUGAAUACUAUUUUCAUCCUUUUGCAUUUGUACAUACCUGCGUGAGCUCUAUCAGUAGCUGUGGGCCGGACCUUAAAGAAAGGAGUAUAAUAAGAGUGGGGAGAGGGGAAAAGGGAGUUGUGCUGGAAUUCAUUUAGUGGGCUUGGGAAAGAGACACUGCUCUAAGAGUAUCUUCAAAUGCUACAAUGUGCACGGUGCACGUGUGGCAUGAGAUAGACACAAAAAAUUGAAUUUUUGACAUUUCACUUUCAUUCUAUCCACAGUUUUAUGUGUUUUUGGUAAGUUUUCUUCUGCAAUGUCAAGCACAAUAUCUACAUCUAGACAUUGUGUUUGACAUUGUGAAGAAAAACUUACCAAAAUGAAACAAGAUCUUUCAAAUAAGGAGAGAAAUUGAAGAAGAAGAAGAAGAGACCGUACAAAUUGAAGAAGAAGAAGAAGAAGAGACCGUACAUAUUGCUAUUGUUACUCUGAUGGUCGCCAAUCUAGGGAAAAAAUCCGCUAGAGAAGCGGAUAAUUGUUCUCCAGAGCCAAAGCCGUUGUUGGUUUGGUGGUUAUGUAUUAGAUAUUGAUCUGCAAACUGCCAUUCAUGAAGCUUCAGCAAAAACUGCUAUACCUUUGCAGACCAACUUAAUAGCUGCUACUGCAUUUAUGGAACCAUUGAACGAAUGCACGUAUGUGAACAAGGAGGAUGCUCCAGGGGGUCCAGUUGAGAAGGAUUCUCUUAGAAGGCUUUGGUCAAAGAAGGAAAUAGAUUGGACCACUAAGUGUUGGUCUUCUGGGAUGACCGAUCGGAAAAGGCUUAAAGAUAUUUGUGAACUUAGAUGGGCGCUUGCAGUUGCAACAAAAGACGGUUCUUUUGUGAAAUUUGAAAUAAAGAAGGGUUCUCAGCACCUAUUUGUGGAAUCUCCUGGAGUGCAUGAACUGAACUUUCAUGAAUCUUGUAUUUUCUUCGGCAGCUCCCCUUCGAGAAUUGAUAAAUCUGAUCCAUCGCCAAUCUCUUUGAAAGGAGAGAAUUAUCUUCUGAAGGGUCAAAUUCAUGUAGACACAAGUUCACUUGGUGGUUCACAAUAUUUGCCUCAGAACAUACAAGUUGAUGUAUUAGACACUGAAGGUUCUGUUGUUGUUCAUAUUGCUGCUGCAGACACUUAAACCAAAUUACUAUGUUUACAGAAGCGCUCUGAAACUAAUCCUUCCAUCACGCCUGAAGGACCUUGAAAAUAAAGUUUGGAGGACAACUCAAAGCAGUGUGCAACUUCUUGGUGCUAUUGCGUACUGUGUGCCACACAAGCUGUUCCAGUGCUCCCCCAAGGUAGUGCCAAAAUUAACAGAGGUCUUGACCUACACCGACACUCAUCCUAAAGUUCAAUCUACUGGAAAGACUGCUCUUCAACAAGUAGGGAGUGUUAUUAAGAAGCCAGAACUAUCUGCUCUUGUGACUACUCUUUUAACUAAUCUUAUGGAACCCAAUGAAUACACAAAAUACUCCUUUCCUACUACUUCAGACAACCUUUAUCAACACAGUUGAUGCUCAAUCUCUUACACUAUUGGUACCAAUUGUCUAUCGAGGCCUUAGAGAAAGAGGUGCUGAAAUUAAGAAGAAGGCUCUCCAAAUGGUUGGGAGUAUGUGUUCUUUGGUUAUAGAGCCAAAGGACAUGAUCCCUUACAUAAGCUUGCUUCUUCCAGAAGUUAAAAAGGUUCUUCAGGAUCCUAUCCCUGAAGUUCGUUCUGUUGCUGCAAGAGCUAUUGGCUCUCUUAUAAGGGGAAUGAGAGAAGUAAACUUCCCAGACUUGGUACCUUGGUGGUUAGAUACUUUGAAAUCUGAUGGCAGCAAUGUUGAGCGCUCUGGAGCUGCAAAGGGCCUAAUUGUCUGCAUGGGGUUUGGAAUACCUCGAGACCAUACUUCCGGAUGUCAUAAGAAACUGUUCUCAUCCAAAAGCAUCAGUCCGUGAUGGCUAUUUGUCACUCUUUAAGUAUCUUCCACAAUCUUUAGGUAUCCAAUAUUCAGAACUAUUUGCAACCGAUUCUUCCUGCAAUGAUAGAUGAACUGGCCAAUGAGAGUGAAUCUGUACGUGAUGCUGCACUUGGUGCUGGCUAUGUUUAAGUGGAAGCGUGGAGCAUUAUGCAACAAUGCCUUUGCCUCUACUCCUGCCUGCAGUGAAAGAAGUGAUGAUGAAGGGUCAAAUUCUGUAGCUCAUGUUCCAGCAGUCAGUGAAGUACUGGGAAGGGAAAUCAGGGAAGUACUGGGAAGGGAGAGAGAGGCGCAAGGAUGAAGUUGAUGGUCAGGGCGGUUUCCUACCUCCCACCUUGAGGACAAGGUGGUUGUCAAAGACGGCUCAACAACAACAGCCUCACCGGUUCCAUACCGAUGUCACUAACUAGUAUCUCAGCUCUCCAAAGUCCAAAUCUUGGACCUGUCAAACAAUCAUCUUUCUGGUCGAGUUCCAGACAAUGGCUCUUUUUCUCGAUUCACUCCCAUUAGUUUUGCCAAUAAUUUGGCUCUUUGUGGGCCGGUUACUGGACAUCCUUGCCCUGGAUCUCCUCCAUUUUCUCCACCUCCACCAUUUAUUUCAUCAACCCCCAUUCCUAAACCAGAUAGAAAUAGUAUAACUGGAGCUAUAGCUGGAGCAGUAGCUGCAGGUGCUGCUUUACUCUUUGCUGUCCCUGCCUUUGCUUUUGUAUGGUGGCGUCGCAGAAAGUCACAAGAGUUUUUCGUCUAUGUUCCGGCGGAAGAAGACCCAGAAGUUCACUUGGGACAGCUCAAGAAGUUUUCUCUGAGAGAGCUACAAGUUGCUACUGAUAGCUUUAGCAACAAGAAUAUUCUCGGCAGAGGUGGGUUUGGUAAGGUAUACAAGGGACGGCUUGCAGAUGGUUCGUUGGUUGCUGUAAAACGGUUAAAAGAGGAGCACACACCUGGUGGUGAGCUUCAAUUCCAAACAGAAGUCGAGAUGAUUAGCAUGGCAGUUCACAGGAAUCUCCUUCGCUUGCUUGGCUUUUGUAUGACACCCACUGAACGCCUUCUUGUUUACCCUUAUAUGGCCAAUGGAAGUGUUGCAUCGUGUUUGCGAGAACGACCACCGGAUGAACUGCCACUCGAUUGGGCUACAAGGAAGCGCAUUGCCUUGGGAUCUGCAAGGGGAUUGUCAUAUUUACAUGACCAUUGUGAUCCAAAGAUAAUCCAUCGUGAUGUAAAAGCUGCAAACAUACUAUUGGAUGAAGAGUUUGAGGCAGUUGUAGGAGACUUUGGGUUGGCUAAACUUAUGGAUUAUAAGGAUACUCAUGUGACAACAACUGUGCGUGGCACAAUCGGUCAUAUAGCGCCAGAGUGCCUAUCCACUGGGAAGUCUUCAGAAAAAACUGAUGUGUUUGGUUAUGGUAUCAUGCUUCUAGAGCUUAUCACUGGACAAGGAGCCGUUGAUCUUGCCCAUCUAGCAAACGACGAUGAUGUCAUGUUGCUUGACUGGGUGGAAAAACUGCUCAAGGAGAAGAAACUGGAAGUGCUGGUUGAUCCGGAUCUGGCGAACAAGUAUGUAGAAGGAGAGGUGGAGCAGCUGAUCCAGGUUGCAUUGCUAUGCACGCGAAGCAGCCCAAUGGAUCGGCCCAAGAUGUCAGAUGUGGUGAGGAUGUUGGAAGGUGAUGGGUUGGCCGAGAGAUGGGAUGAGUGGCAGAAGGUGGAAGUUCUUCGGCAGGGGGUAGGACAAGCAGUACAUCCUCUCUCCACUUCUGGCUGGACUGUAGACUCUACACAAAAUUUACAUGCCGUUGAACUGUCUGGUCCUAGGUGACCUUCAAGGCUCCUAUUAACCUUGGAUUUUUUUUAGAAUCUUGUUAUACGUAGUAUUUGUUUAGGCGUUAAAGAAUGGGCAAUUAGCAUGUUUUUUUUUCCUUCUUGCAAGCACUUUCUCAUCAAAGUGUAUUCUUUGUGUGUGUCAGUGUAUGUAACAGCUAUGUGCUAAUAAACAAGGAAAUAUAACGUUUGAAAUUGGUGAUAAAUUAGGCCA